AUGGAGGCAGCCGGCCUUGCUCUUGCUAUUCUUCCCCUACUUCUCAACCAGCUGGACAAUUAUGUCCAAGGCCUCGAGACACUUGGUGAGUUUCGCAACAGAAAGUACCGAAGGCGUUUGGAAAGCUAUCUUACAAAACUUGGAAAUGAGCAAACUUUCUUUAUCAACACUCUUGGGCGAUUUCUCGAGGGCAUUGUUGAGUACGAGGACAACAUUGAGAGCGAAAAAAUCAGUCAGUUGAAAGAACUUUGGGAAAGGCCGACUCUCCAGUCAAUUCUCCAAGAAAAACUUGGAAUUCAAUAUCGGCCGUUUCUUCGCACUAUGACCGAGCUGUCCGACCUGUUGAAGAAGUUAUUGGCCAGGCUAGGAUGGGACGAAUUACCCGAGGAGGUGACUUGGAAAGACCCGAUAUCAUUCAAACGAGAAUUCACAAAACUCAAGCACAUUCUUUCAAAAACCGUAUACAACGAUCUGUUCGAUCGCAUCAACGUGGCAAACCAGCACUUGGAAAAGUUGGUCGAGCAUUCGAAUCGCUCAAGUGUGACACGAAGAAGAACAAUGAAGAAACGACCGUUGCAACAAUUUAAACGUUCCCGAAGGUUUGCACACAGUUUGCACAGUGCGGUAGUCAUGGGCCAUUACUGGAAUUGUUCUUGCUGA